AUGAGCAAUCAAUCUAUAUCCGCAGCCUGCCCGAGGCAUGAGGUGAAGCAGGCGCUCCAGACCAAGUUUGGUGAAGUAACGCACGUACACCUACAUCACCGCUUGAAAUUUGGCUUUGCUCGCUUCAAGACACGCGAAGGCGCAGAUGCAGCGAUCCAAGCCGGCAAAGUUCACGUCUUGGACCAGGAGGUUGAGAUUUGCUCUGCCUGCGAGGCAGGGAAAGGUUGGCCAGAGAAACAACCGCUGACCGAAGAUGAGAGAGACGACAGUGAGGAUGAUGGAAGCCAAGCGGCAAGCGAUGCCGCUGAGAAUCCAGCAAAGAGCCAGCCGGAGGAUCGGCCACCGGACCAGCGAGGCUGGGAAUCGGACUCGGAGGCAUCAAUGGCCGAGGCGGAGUCUUGGGCGCAUGAGGACGUGCCAGAAAGUGAAGCCGAAGACGAUGACUUCGCAGAAAGGGAGCGAGUACUGGGCACGCUCGAGGCCAUCCGUGCGUCAACCACAGAGGUGCUCCGCAAAGCCAACAGCAAGAUAGCCAUGUCUGAGCUGGAAUCUCGCUCGGACAUUGCUCAGCUGAAGGAGGCCGCUGCCAAGCUUUAA